UUUUCCGCUUGAAAUACUGGAGAUGCUGUUCUCUUGAUCCUAUUUUAAGUGAUGAUAUAGAAAUGGAUUUUAGUUCUUCAUCUGUUUUUGAUCAGCACAAAGACUCUGCAGAGGAAAUCGACCUCACUGAGGUUUAUCAGGCAGCAUCCAAUGGAGAUAUCAACACCCUGACAGCAGUGAUUCGUGAGGACCCUUCCAUUUUGGAAUGUUGUGACAAUGAAGGGUCAACUCCAUUGAUGCAUGCAAUAUCAGGUCGGCAACUUGAUACAGUGAAGCUGCUGCUCAAGAUGGGGGCUUCUAUCAAUACUGAAGAUGCCUGUGGACGAACUGCACUAUCUCUAGCUACAUACUUGGGCUGGCUAGAUGGUUGUGUAACACUACUCCGAAAUGGUGCCAAGCAAAAUAUCCCAGAUAAAAAUGGAAGACUUCCCCUUCAUGCAGGCACUGCUGAAAAUAAUGUCAGACUCUUAGGUCUGCUGUUGCAGCAAACUACUAUGUGUGAAAUAAACCACCAAGACAAUGAGGGUAUGACCCCACUUCAUUGGGCUGCUUUUCAUAACCGGCCACAACAUGUCCAGGCUUUAUUACAAAAAGGAGCUGACCCAACCUUGGUUGAUAAAGACUUUAAAACAGCCCUUCACUGGGCAGUGCAGAGUGGGAAUAGAAUCAUGACUUCUAUAAUUUUGGAUCAUCACCUGACCCCAUCUAUAAUAAACUAUGAUGAUGAAAAUGGAAAGACCAGUGUUCAUAUAGCAGCAGCAGCCGGGUACAGUGAUAUCAUCUAUGAACUUGCAAGAAUACCAGAGUGCAAUCUGCAAUCACUUGAUGUGGAUGACAGGACACCACUUCAUUGGGCUGCUGCUGCUGGGAAGGCAGACUGUGUGCGAUCUUUGAUAGAGCUAGGCGUGGAUAGCAGUCCAAGAGAUAUCAAUGAAAACACUCCUUUAACAUAUGCAAUGUACUGUGGGCACACAGCAUGUGUCAAGCUGUUUUCACAGGAGAAUAGAUCUGACCCUACAAGACAGCAAUCUGCUCAAAGCACAAAGAAGAAGGAGGGACGUUUUAGUGUUUUGAACCAGAUAUUCUCCUGUAAGAAGAAAAAAGAUGAGCAAAAAAUCACUCGGAAAGAUAAAAACAAGGACAAAUGUCUGAGAGAUGAAACUUCUGAAGUUGAUGAGAUCAUAACAACUUUUGAUUGCAUUUUGGAUCCCAAAAAUUGUGAUGACCUGGAAAAGCGGGUACAAGAGAAUAGACUGAGGAAAACAACUGCAGAGCUUACAAUUCGAAAAUGCCGGCCUUCAAACAAAAACCAAAUAUAUAAAAGUCUUCCCCCUAUACAGACAGAGAGCCUUCCACCACCAAUGCGUAACUAUCCUCUGUUUUCAAAUUCACCUUGUAUGAUUCACGACGCAGAUAGUAAACCUAGUACACAUCAUUUUGCGCACAGAUCUCAAAAGAGCCGCAGUGAACAUGACUUGUUUGUGAAUCGAACCAGUGCUCAACAAAUUUUGGAUGGUCUUUGGGCUAAAGAUACCAAUCAUAUUUUGCCUCACAAAGCAUGGACUGCUCCUCCUUCAGCAAAGUUGUUGGAAGUUUUUCUGCAAGAAAGGGCCAAACAUAUGGAACUCUCACAGCAUCCUCACCUUCCCUACUUACACAGCAAUCCUAAAGGUGAAAAUGUACAUAUAACCCCCUUUGAGAAAAUGAAAGUAAAAGAUUCAAUACCUGCAAGGUCCUACCUGGCGCCUAUUGUCGAUGACUCUGUUCAUAAAUGUAAUCUUCGAUCAGAAGUGCCAAAAACCAGAGCACAGCCUCUGACUUCUCUAUGGACUGCUCCAGUAAAUCGCCCACCAAGACUCCCAUCUAGAAUGCAAAGAGAGGGGACUAGUCAAAGCCGUUCAUUUUAUUCAUUUUUGCCAGUGAUAUCACGCGAUUCUAUGAGAGUCAACCCUGUACUUCCCGCUAUCCCAAUUCAGAAGAAGAUCACACAUUCAGAAGACUUGUCCAAGUUUGAAAACAAUUCCCAGAGAGAGAGUCAAUAAAUAUACGAAAGAAGGACAAAAAUUUGGAAAUCAAGUUUGCUACUUGAUCCAUUCUGAAAAAGGUGAUUACAACCUAUGUAUUGAUAGACAUGUUCAAAUUAGGUGAGGGAAAACCAGUCAUCACAGUGUUCCUAAUCAUUAAUCAGCAGACCUUUCUAAAAAAUCCAUACAAGUUAACAGCAGAUAAGGACCAGAUCAAGUAAGUAAGUAAGUAAGUAAGUAAGUUAGUUUAUUGGCCAAGUAUUCACAUACAAGGAAUUUGCCUUGUUGCUCCAUCCACAAGUAAAAAUAUGACAUACAAUGACAGUUACGAAUGACUCAGAAAACACUAAACAUUAAUAAUAAUUAAACAUUAAUGAUAAAACACCAUUGAUCAAGCAUGUGAACCAACAAAAUACCAGAUCACAGGGAGGCUACAGAUUUUUGGCUGUUGAGUAGAGCAACUACUCAUGGAUAAAAACUGUUUUUAUGUCUGGCUGUGGCAGCUUUGACAGUCUGGAGUCGUCUUCCAGAGGGAAGUGAUUCAAAGAGUUUGUGGCCAGGGUGAGAGGGGUCAGAGAUGAUCUUACCCGCUCGCUUCCUGGUCCUUGCAGUGUACAGUUCAUCAAUGGAGGGAAGGUUGCAGCCAAUAACCUUCUCAGCUGAUCGGACGAUUCGCUGCAGCCUCCAGGUGUCGUGCUUGGUGGCUGAGCCAAACCAGACCAUGAUGGAGAAGGUGAGAACAGACUCUACGAUGGCCGUGUAGAAUUGGACCAUCAUUGCCUGUGGCAGAUUGUUUCUCCUCAGCUGCCGCAGGAAGUACAUCCUCUGUUGACCUUUUUGACUGUGGAGUCGAUGGUAGCCCCCCCACUUAAGGUCCUUGGAGAUGAUGGUUCCCAGGAACUUGGAUAGGCAUAUGGAUGAGAAGGGAAUGGAGGGUUAUGGUAUGAGUGCAGGCAGGUGGGACUAAGGGGAAAAAGUUGUUCGGCACGGACUUGUAGGGCCGAGAUGGCCUGUUUCCGUGCUGUAAUUGUUAUAUGGUAUAUGGUUAUAUGGUUAACUUAAAAUACUCCACAGAUGUGACUGUGAUGUUGUUGGUGGUGAGUGGGGUGAGAGAAGGGGGAGCUCUCCUAAAGUCUACAAUAAAUCCCACUGUCUUAAGAGCAUUGAGCUCGAGGUUGUUGUGAUGGCACCAGGACGCCAGCUGUGACACUUCCUGUCUCUAGGCAGAUUCCUCCCCAUCCUGGAUCAGUCCAAUCAGGGUUGUGUCAUCCGCUUGAGAAGCUUGACAGAGGUUCAAGUUUAACUACAAUACUUUUACAAGACCAAAUAACUUGAUACAGCAUAAGAGAGUGAACUGAUGUUAUGUUAGCAUUGUAGGCUUUACAUAUGCCAAACUUUAACAUCAUCCUGAUGCAUUUUCUGAGGUCCACUUAAUUGCAAUACAUUUUCCAAUACUCUCACUAGGAUUAUCUCUAGCACACAGAUCAUUUACCUGCUUGCUACAAUAUAUUAAAUAUAUUGGUUGUAAUUACAUUAUUCAUCAUGGAUCAGGUAUUAAACUUUACCACUCUGGAUUGCUCAUCCUCUCAUUAUGUUAAUAAUCUUACCUAUGAAAACUUUUUUUUUGGAUUUUGAUACCUUCAGCAUGUUCCAAGUUUUAUUUUGCAUAUAUUCAAAUAAUCGUGCAGUUACAUUAGUGCAUUAUACAGACGUGAACAUCCACAGUGUGCUGGACAUCAGUCCCAGUGGAAGAACACACAAAUCACAUUCCCCUCUUCUUUCCCUUUACCUCUGUAACUUUUUUUCUCUCACAUGUCCAAGGGAAUUAAGGGAUAAUAUGCAAUGAUCUUCUGUCAAUUUCAGGUAAAUCUGGAGGGAACAAGCAUCGUGAUUGUUCAUUUCUCCUUUGAUUCAUUUGGCACGACUACUCUAUGCGCUGAUUUACAUUGCCAAUUAACCUUCCAGUACUUUUUUGCAGUGUUGGAGGGUACAGGAUCAUCUGGUGGAAACCCAUACAUUUAUGAGAAAGAUGUGUAAAUGCCACAAAGACAGCAGCCAAAGUCAGGAAGAAAAAUGAUUGAUACUUACUUGGAAUAUCUGCAACUGCCAAAAUGAAGUACUUAUUGCCAAGUGUAGGAUCAAAUUAGUGAAAAGCUAAAAAUGUUAAAUGUUUUCUGCCCACAGAAGUGACCUUGGAUUCUAAGGUCAGGUUCUGAUGACAAUUCUCUAUGCUUAUUCACUCCAGAUAUGUCUGAAAUCUCAAUAUCUUAAUUACUUGGUUUACACAUGAUGAAUGGUCACGUUAGUAUUGCACCAUAUGUUGAUUGGUAUCAUUGGACCAGUAUACCAUUAAGACAUUGAUAUCUAAAAGAGACCAAAAGUGAGAAGAAAAGUUUAUGGGUAAAAUAAAAAUACAAAAGUGCUAGUGAAAUACGAUUUACAUUUUGUAAUGCAUUAUUCAUAUGAAUACAUAAAAAUGAAAAUACAUCACCUACAACUUUUAAUCUCAACCAACCACUCCAUUUUCCAAUGACAUCCGCUUCAGGUCUUGUGCUACAUUCAUUCUUAAGCUCAACUAUGCAGCCACUCAUCUUAAGAUCAUAUUUAAUGUUACCCUUCUAAUACAAUGCAAUCAUGCCAAAAUAUUAAAUGAAUUUUGCAAAUGAAUUAUGAAAUUUCCAAAUGCGUCACAAAUUAUAAUAGAUAAAAAUGAUCCAUGUUGUUAUUUUUAUUUGUCCGAGAUCAGUGGGUGAUGGGGAAUGGUGCUGGGUCCACAGGGAUCAGU